AUGAAGAAAUUCGAGUCUCAUUCCCCUAUCGUCAUGGAUCAUGAGGUCAGAUUACCUUUAGUUGACAUUGUUGAAACUUAGCAAUCUCCUAGAUUGAUUAUACCUGUUUCACCUCUAUCAAAAAAUAAACUUCCCACAGUAUAGAAUUCUCCAAGAAGAGGUUCAAGUAACAAUUUACAAAACAUAGGAAGUAGCGGAUAAUCACAAAAUUAGGUGUUUUAAAAUGAUCAUUUGCAAGCUCCAGUAAGUCCUCAAUCUAAAAAUAAAGUAACAAGUACACUAAUAGUUUCUGAUAGUCCUGCUAUAAAGAGUCCUUUAACAAAUAGUAAGAUUAAUUAAAAGAUAUCAGAAACCAAAUUUCCAAGCCCGAGGUAACAUGACCCAUUUCGCACCUCUCAUUAUAACGAAAAUCAAGAUGUUUAAUAUCCUCCUUAAUCUUUGAACCAAGUAAUAAGAAAUUCUCAAAUUAAUCAGCAUAUACGAAGUUCUUCAUAAAAGUAUCCCAACAAUGGUUUAUUACCUAAUCAAGCAAUAAAAUAAAAUACACUCAAUAUUCAUCAGAAAAAUUUGAUGAUGAUUGAAGAAAUAGAGAAGUCAUAUGAUAUUGUCAAUGAAUAUAUGGCUGAUCUUAAAAAAAACUUAAAAUUCUAGUAGGAUCAAUAGUCUCUAAGAGAAUAAAAAUUAUCAGAAAUAGAAUCUAAAUCCAAUAUGCCUUAGUUGAAUAACAUAGACGAUGAUCAAGAAGAUUUAAUGCAGUUGUAUAAGAUUCUUAACGGAAAUAAUAAUAAUAACCAGUAUUAAGCAAUCACAGGCUAAGGAAACUAAUCUCCACCAUUUGAAGGACCUCUAGGUGACUUGAAUGAGAGACUUUCUACUCAAGAAGAAUUCAAGUAAUUUACCAAGAUACAUACUUAAUCAAGCCACAAAAAGAUAAGCAGUGAAGAUUAAGAGGAAAAGAAGAUGCGUAAUUUCAAAAUAAAUUAAAUAUACUUCAGAAAUAUGAGGAUAUAGAGUAAUCCUAAUACCAAUCAAACCAAUAAUCAAGGAAGUAACUUCAUUAAUUAAACAAAUAAUGAAAGAUAAUCAAGUUAAUAACCAAACGAUGGCAUUAAUAUUCAAUCUUAAGAAUCUAACUACCCAUAGCAACCAAUGAGUCUUUAGAACACUUAAGAAGCUUGGCAAGCAUUUCAUAAUUCAAGAUUUGAUGCAAAGGAAAAAGAUUUAUUUGAAAGAUUAAAAAACAAAACUUUCUCCUAAUAAAAAUAAUCAAUGGGGACUACUAACAAAUAUACUGAAAGUAAUAACAAUAACAAUAAUAAUCAUCAAUAAAAUCAAAAUGAGUCAAGGAAAUUUAACAGUGAUUUCCAUUAAUUUCUAAAGAAAAACAGCGUGCCUGACGAAUUUGAUAUUACUGGCGGUCUCUGGGGUAUCGAGUUCAUGGAUAUUAAUAAACUUAUAAAUGUAGCUGAAAUGGCUCUGCAAAUAAAUUACAGAUGA